UUGGAGAUAUCCCAACCAAAACUGCUUCAACCCAAAUCAACCAUGCAUUUUCUGCUCUAUUCCUUCCAAUUUUUCUCUUUUGUUCAUUAUUCUGCCCCUCUCUUCAUUCUCUAGGCAUUUUGAGAUCCAUAAUUUGUUUCAUAGUUUUUGAAGAUGGGGCAACAAUCUUUGAUUUAUAGCUUUGUGGCUCGUGGGACCAUGGUUCUUGCUGAGUACAGUGAGUUUUCUGGAAACUUCAACACCAUUGCCUCUCAAUGCCUCCAAAAGCUUCCUUCUUCCAACAACAGAUUCACCUACAACUGUGAUGGCCACACUUUCAAUUAUCUCGUUGAAAAUGGAUUCACCUACUGUGUGGUCGCUAUUGAAUCUGCUGGUAGACAACUUCCCAUUGCUUUUCUAGAGCGUGUCAAGGAUGAAUUUAGCAAAAAAUAUGGUGGAGGCAAAGCUGCAACUGCUUCAGCAAACAGCCUAAACAGAGAAUUUGGCCCAAAAUUGAAGCAGCAAAUGCAAUAUUGUGUUGAUCAUCCUGAAGAGAUCAACAAGCUUGCCAAAGUGAAGGCUCAAGUUUCUGAAGUCAAGGGCGUUAUGAUGGAAAACAUUGAAAAGGUUCUUGAUCGUGGAGAAAAGAUUGAGAUGCUUGUGGAUAAGACUGACAACCUUCGCUCACAGGCACAAGACUUUAGAACACAGGGCACAAAGGUGAAAAGGAAGAUGUGGGUUCAAAAUAUGAAGAUGAAAUUGAUUGUUUUUGGUAUCGCCGUAGCAUUAAUUUUGAUCAUGUUUAUGUCUAUAUGUCGUGGCUUCAGCUGCUUACAUUAGAUUUUUUUUCUUCUUCUCUUUGAUCAAUUUUGCAAGAUUUCAUGUGUUUCAU